CACUGAUUGGCAGCACUGAUAGGUGGCACUGACUGGCAUUGAUAGGUGGCACUGAAUGGCACUGAUGGGUGACACUGAAAGGCAGCUCAGAUGGGCACUGAUAUGUGGCAUUGAUGUGCACUGUUAGGUACUGAAAUGUGGCACUGAUGGGCACUGGCAGGUGGCAUGGAUGAGCACUGACACAUGGCACUGAUGGACACUGACAGGUGGCACUGCUGGGGCUACACUGAUCAUCAGGGCACACUGAUCAUCACUGUCAGCAUGACAGCUCGUGAGGAGAGAAAUGCCGAUAACCGGCAUUUCCCUGUUUACAUGUGAUCAGCUGUGAUUGGA